AUGAGAUCCCUCUCAAGCACCACCAAUUCCUCGAGAAAGACAAGGCGGAUUAGCGUUUUCCAACGCCUUUCCUACUGUACCAAUCCACCUGCCAACGGCGUUUCGAAGCCGGUCCAAUCCGCUAAUGCUAGACGCCGAGAUUCGACGAGCAAUCUGAUGUUCCUCGUCAGUCACGCUCGCAACGGAAACAAGGAUUACUCUGUAAUAACAACCGAAAACAACAAAAACAGUUCUUUCACUUUCAGGUUAGUGCCGGACGACGAUGAUGAUUUUCCUCACAACUUGUCGUCUUUAAUCAGAGUCGAAAACUACACUGUCCAUGAGUUUUCCGGCUACCCCGUUAUGGGAAGCUGCGACUCCUACAUCUGGGUGCUAUGCGCACAAAAUCCUCAUCCAUAUGACCUUCUGUUACCUUUCUGGUCGUAUGCAAAGCUAAUAAUCACCUGCUGGUUAGUCAUACCGUACAUCAGUGAGGCUGCUUAUGUUUACGAGCAAUAUGUUAGGCCUUAUUUGGUCACUCGACAAAAGUCUCUGAAUAUUUGGUACGUCCCUAAGAAGAAGGAUAUUUUCAGCAAGCCAGAUGACAUUCUAACGGCUGCAGAAAAACACAUACAGGAAAAUGGGUCCGAGGCAUUCGAGAAGAUGAUUAAUAGGGUAUGCCGAGAAGGCAGCUUUUAG